CUCUGCCUCUGCCGGUCUCUUCCCCAAGCCCCGCUCUCCGUCCAGUCUCCGCAUGCGCAGCUGGCCGGGGGCGGAGCUGCUACAUCCGGGGUCUGCCGGCUUGUGGUCGUUUUGUUUUCUUGGCUGAGACUAGGGGCAAGUGAGGCGGCCUCGCGUGGCGCGACGCCGGGCACCUACCUACUGCACGGCCAGGGCUGGACUGACCUGAAAAAAUGUCUGGAUUUCUAGAAGGCAUGAGAUGCUCAGAAUGCAUUGAUUGGGGAGAAAAGCGCAAUACUAUAGCUUCCAUCGCUGCUGGUAUUCUGUUUUUCACAGGCUGGUGGAUUAUCAUAGAUGCAGCUGUUAAUUAUCCCAAAAUGGAAGACUUCAACCACUCAUACCAUGCCUGUGGAGUGAUAGCUACAAUAGCCUUCCUAAUGAUAAAUGCAGUAUCGAAUGGACAAGUUCGGGGUGAUAGUUACAGUGAAGGUUGUCUGGGUCAAACAGGUGCUCGCAUUUGGCUGUUCAUUGGUUUCAUGCUGGCCUUCGGAUCUCUGAUCGCAUCUAUGUGGAUUCUGUUUGGAGGUUAUGUUGCUAAAGAAAAACCCAUAGUGUAUCCUGGAAUUGCUGUAUUUUUUCAGAAUGCCUUCAUAUUUUUUGGAGGACUGGUGUUUAAGUUUGGCCGCACUGAAGACUUGUGGCAGUGAAAAUAGCAGAGUUCCCGCAGCCUGGCAGCCCUCCGAGGGGUUUUUUACCGCUCACUCCCAGUCUUUUGUAAUGCCAUUUUCUAAACCUACUUCUGAGUGCAGUCUCAGCUUCAAGUUGUGUAAUGCUAAAAUCAUGAGAACCCCCUGUGUAAACAGCAACAGAAUCUCUUGUGGUAUGCACCUAAUUAACUUAUACAAUGUUAAAGGAAAUUGUUUCACAUGAGUAACUUCUGGCAUUUUAUCAUGGUAUAAUUUGUAAAAAUAAAAGUAAAAUACAGAAGAAAUUACAGAUUCAUCAGUGUAUUUGGUCUGAGGUCCAAAACUGCAAUGAAAGUGCCCUGGAGAUUUAAUGUGUUUAUUUCAAUGUGACCUCUUCUCAAAGUGUCAAAUGUAAAAUGAAAUAUGAGCAUUUUCUUGUUUUUGUACAUAGCGUUUGAAAUUGUUUCUCAUUACAUAUCUGCAUUUGGUUUGUAUGAUUUUACCAAAAAUUCCGUGAAAGUUUCAGCAUAUUAGCAUCUGAGGGUCUCCCGAAGGGUGGGUGAACGUGUCAGAAGGAAGAAGCCAUGAUUCAGCCACCAGGCUCCUUGUGUCUCCUCCAUGGGGCUCUCUUCCAUGUGCCAGAGUCAGGGGAGGGGUGUAACUCAGCCGUCACACGGGGGCGCUGCACUCUCAGGUAUGUGUGCCUGCAGCUCCCAGACAGACCACAGGAGGCAUUUUUGGUGAAAAGGAGACAGGAUUUAUUCAAAGCUAGCUUUGGAGGAGAAGCCUCAUGUUGCCACAAAUCUCUGUCGCCCCAUGUCCAGGUGUGCAAGGGCUACUUUUAUAGUAAGGAAGAGUGGGGGAGGGAAUACAGUGAGACAAUAGGUAACUCAAAAAUUGCGUGGUCCUUCCUGGCCUUUUCUUCUCCCUCCCUCCCUUGUAGAAAGAAAACUUGACCUUGACUUCUUACUGCCAAUAUCUGCAUUUUCUGUCCUUUAAUCUGGCCUUAGGAAAGGGCAGGGUGGUUUCCACUCUAGGGCUCAGGAAAGUUCCAGUUUGCCCUGCCAAUUUAUGACUUGACACCUUAGUCUUAUCUAGGUGAUAAAAUUUCUUUGUUGUUUUUACAAUAAACUGGAUUUUAUGCUUUAUUUUAUCUCUGAUCCAAACCACUAAGCUCUGUAGACCAGCAGGGUCUCUUGUAAUUACACACAUUAGCUAGCAGGAACUUUUACAGUCUGUUGCUCUUUGGAACACAUGUCCCCUGAGGCUCCCAACGUUUGCAAAAUAAGGUACACAUACUUCAGAAUUCUGGCUGGAAAUGUCUUUCAUAAAACAGGCUACAAUUAGCCCCAUGAACCACAGCUGUUAUCUGAUGGUUUCAGUAUGUGGGCUCUUCUACCUGAGCCUCCAUUUUCUGCCAUACUGUUGGAUUUUGAAUAUCUUUGGCCGUCAGGACACUAAACAAAGAAGUGACAGUCCUGCUGUCAUCAUCCAUGAAAUUGCUCCUGAAUUUUUUUUUUUUUUUUUGCACAGACCCAUAAAAUGAAAAUUGGAAGAAAUCUCAGUAGUUGAAUUCCAGCAUUUUACACAUAAGAAUAUGUAGACCGUGGAGACUUAAAAUGAUUUCUUCUAGGUCAGUACCAGUGUUUCAGUCAUUCUAAAGCCAUAUAUCUCCCUCUCGCUGGUGACUCCAAGUUCUUUCCCCACCCUGGGACUGGGCUCAGGAAAUGCCAGCUGUUUUAGAAAAUUGCUGGACGAAACACAUGUCUGAAAGGACUAAGUAGAAGUCAAUUCUUAGCUUUUUAAAAUUUUGAAUUAUCUGCUGUGUUGCUGUAGGCAGGAGUUAACAUACUUUAUUAAGCAUGCAAAAAAGAACUUGGCAGUUGGCUCUAGAAUUGAACUGACAGUGUCUGCAAACAAAAAUAUGGGCUCCCCCCUCAACAGAUACCCUUGUUGUUUUUGCUGUCUUCGGCCACCAUGAACUGUUUGUUCUCUGUCAUAUGCCCCCCUUCCUUGGAGUCAUCUGAUUGUAGAUUGAAACCUCUUCAAAUUGUGAACUAAAUAAACCUUUUUCCCUUUA